ACCACCUAAAAAAUCCAUGCAAAUGCCAGAAAACGAUACCGAUUUAAUAUCGACGAAAAUCUUGUUUACUGUUUUGAUUCAACAAAUAAUUAAUAGAAUUUGACUAAAGACCCUUUAACCGCCGUUACAUUGGCACUGGACUUGGCCGAGGAUUAGAAAUCGGGUGUCCAGAACGUGGACAAAAGAUUCACCACAUUGAGGUGGAACAACCGGCAACCGGCGUGACCGCUAUCAAGUCAAAACAAUGGUGACCAGCAGAAGACCUCCGCUGAAUCAUGGCCCCUUGCCGGGGUCCAGUGGUGGCACCUCCCGCCUAGCCCUGUGUCUGAUCCACUUCGUCCUGGCCGUAAUCUCCGGCCUUGGACUGAAACGGAGCACCGGCAGGAAGGCAAUGGCCGCCUUUGGAAUCUACUUUGGCCACAGCCUGCUCUGCCUGCUGCGGCACACCCAUCCCAAUCCGGGUGCAGUGCAGCGGCUGUUGUGCGACAAGUCGCGGCGUUACUCUUGCGUCCUGUUCGUCACCCUGGUGGUGGGUGAGCUGCAGACCGUGAAUCCGGCCACCCGAAUGGGUGACUUCUUCGGCGCCGACUGGGAGCGACUGGCCUUUGGACUGUGGAGCGCUGUACUGGCACUUGCAGUCACCAGUUUGUGGUUUGGCAGCAGUCGCAGUCCAUUGGGUGCCACAUUCAUAAAGCUGGAUGCCGCCCAACUGGGCCUCUGUGUUCUUUGGAAUGUCCAUUGCCUUUGGCGCAUUGCCAUCGUAGACGAGCACUGGUGGUCACUUGGCCUGGCCCUGCUCGUUCUGCUGAAUCACUUUGUCCUGUGGCGACUGCCGCUGCACUACAACAUCAGCCAGUUGGAGGUGGCUACCGUGGGCAUGUGCUUCAGCACCAUCUUUGCGCUGAAUGCCAUCCAGGAGCAACUGGACGCCGUGACCAGCUGAGGGCAGCUGGUCGGGUAACCAGGGACUGGAGCCUUGAUUGCCUAGAUCUAAAGCACUCAUUUAAUUAUUAAAUGCACGUUGUUGAACAUUAUUUUUCGUAAUAAACCAGACUUCUUAUUUUAAAAA